AUGGUGUACGACGAUUUGGUGAAAGGAUAUGAGCCUUAUGUGGCAUCGUUGAGAGAGAAGGGGAGCUCUAUAGAGCCUGAUAUAGACUGUGUCUGGAGAGAAGACGAUUUCUUGGAUAACGAUGGGCUGAGGCUCAAGCUUAGAACUGCGAUGGAUGCUCUUAGAAGCAUUUUCUUUAUGAGCGGCGAAUGGCGCUUGACUAGCGAGGACCAAGUGACAGAUUUCAUAAACCCUUAUUGUUGGCCCAUAGUUUACGGCCACUCCUGCAUUUCGGGUACCUAUGACGACAUUGUGGUCGAACCACCAAACUUCAAGCGUGGUUAUUAUGAAAAAGAGCUAUAUUCCAGGAAGUUCUGCUGGCUCCCUUCCGAAUUUGAAGUUUCCCCAGAUGGGGAGAGUACCAGAAUUGCAUCUUAUAUCAACAAUCUAGCAUUAAUGCCUCAGGAGCGAUUGCUUUAUCCGAUACUUGAAAAAAUAUUCACAUAUUUUGUCCCGAUGUUCGACCGAACUCUUGCGGAUAUAGAGGGACGGAAGUAUAUGUGCAGGAGAGUCAGAAGUCCACCCUCCGACCCAGAGAUCUGGAAGCUCCCGGAAGAAAAGUACAAGAGGAGAUGGGAAAGGCUCUUGGCCCAAUUUCAGCGUGGUGAAAAGCUCCAGGAGAACUUCGAUAGCGACAGCUCAGAAGAAGAGCUAGAAGAUAAAGACGAAGACGAAGACGAAGAUCCGGUUCGAGAGCGUCGGCGUUCUAAACCGGCACCGCGCCAACGAUAUAUCAGAGUCAGGGAGCUGGCGACCUAUAAAAGGAAAAUAGGUCGCCGGUGGGAGCCACCCGAGUUGAGCAAGAGUACAAGUUUGAAGGGUCAGACCGCGAAAGUUGUCGUCAGGUUAAUGAACAUAAACCUCCCCCCACGGAGCCCGAAAUUUGUUACGAGGGGCGGCUGGAUGGUCGAAGGGGUCCUGUACCUAAUUACAAACGCUGCUCCGCAGAAUGAACGGAUUGUUGCGACAGGUAUCUAUUGCUAUUCGCAAAGAAAUAUCGAAAACGCUAGGAUUCAUUUCAGCGUACCGAUAAAAGAAAACCUCAAGGAUAAGGACUGGGGCCUAGUGCACAAUUUAGAUAUGAGGGCAGAUUUUCAAGAGGUUGGGGCUACAUCACUAAAGAUUCCAACUACUCGGGAUAUAGGUCCACAGCAGCCUGAUGUCAGACAAGAAAUUGACGAUCUGUUAGCGAAGCGUCUCCCUCGCGAACUUACUGCUAUGAUUCUAGGAUAUUUGCCGCCAGUCAUACCGGAUUCAGAUGCGGCCGCCUUCAAAGAGGCGUUUUUGAAAGAGCGUUCAGGUUCGUAG